AUGAGAAUGAGUUAUUCAGGGGAACCAAAUAGAAUGUGUCAUUCAGAGGAACCAAAUAGAAUGUGUCAUUCAGAGGAACCAAAUAGAAUGUGUCAUUCAGAGGAACCAAAUAGAAUGAGUUGUUUAGAGGAACCAAAUGCUAACAGUACUAGGAUUGAACCACAAUUUUUUAGUCACACUGAGCCUUGUCUGAGAAGUAAUUACUCUGUAGUCAAUGAAUCUGUACGGAUGAAUUCAACAAAGACUACACCAAGAAACAAUGGACCAGCCAAUUGUUCAUCUGGAGAUUGUUCUCAGAAUAGUGUUGGACAUAUAAGUCAUAUUCCUCGCAUUCCUCCCAGUCCCACUACUUACACCUUACCUUCUGUGCUGGAUAAGUCUUCAGGGUCUUGCCGUGAAGGUGGACAAGAUGACUUGUUUGGUAUGAUCAAACUAAGGAACAAUGAUGUUUGUUACACUAGUGGCAUUAUUGAGUGGGUAGGUAGGAAGAGAAGCUACCCUAUUAAUAGUGGAUUCAAACUCAUUACUGACCAAUGUGACACACAUGUGGAAAAAGUAAGAAAACUGAACACUAAUUUCAGUAGUAGAACACAUGAACACAAUAACUGUGACUGUGCAGAUGUACUGCCCACUGUUAAUGCAAUUGUUGACCAUUUGAAUGCUCUUCAUGAAGCUGUAGAUCUUGUUGAUUUGAGACUCAAUACUUUAGAAGAUUCUAUAACCAAGAAAAAAGGAGGAAAGUGAAUAGUUUUUACUACUUAUGAAAUGAUAUUUCCUUUGAAAACAAUGUUAUUAUAUAAACGUUUUAUUAUAAAACUGUCUUAUUAAAAUAC